CCGAAAAUCCACUGGUUGUUAAUCCAAUGGCGCUGUGAUUCCUAAUGAAUCGCUUCUACAAAAACCACUUCUCUGCUUCCUCCUCCUCCUCCUCCUCCUCCUCCUCCUCCUCGUUCUUGUAACACAAAUUUCCCUCUGUAGAUUUCGAACAAUCAAAAUAUAUUCAGCGGCGUUUUGAUGGGGUCUAUGCUCGGUGACCUGCCGUCAUAUGACCCUCACAACUUCAGCCAACUCCGACCCUCCGAUCCUUCAACUCCUUCUAAGAUGAUUCCUGCAACCUAUCAUCCUACCCACAGUAGGACCCUUCCGCCACCAGAUCAGGUUAUAGAUACUGAUGCCAAAAAUAUACUCAUACGCCACAUUUAUCAGCUUACAGAAGAGAAGUCAAGAACAAAGAGACCUGCAGCUGAACAUCCCGUGCCGGAGCAUGGAAGCAAGCAACCAAGAGCAUCAUCUACUACCAACGCUUCAAAUUGAGGUUAGGCGGACAUUUUCUUCCAACAAUGUAGAAUCUGUUGUACGUUGUGAAAGAUGUGUCCUGUAUAAUGCAAGCGAAUUGCCUGCUCACUGAAGAACAAACAGGUCGGCCCCGACAUUUAAAUGCUGUAUAUAGAUUUUACUCCUACUAAGAUUGUCCUAAACUCAGCCACUGCAUAUUGUUCUCAAUAUCAUAAACUUGGUUCAAGUAUUGUAACUAUUUUGUCUCUAAAUUUUCGAGUUUGAUC